AUGAAAAGCUUUACCUUGUGAUAAGUCGAUUGUAUAAUCCUUCCAUUGCCUUUGAAAAUUUAUAUAAAUUAGGAAUUGAGGAAAUAAAACGUACAGUGCUUUUGUGUGCAUGUUGUGAUUAUUGCAGUCAAAAUUAGAGUUUUUUGUGAUAUUUCACCAAUAAUUUACUUGCAUUAAAGUAUGUAUGUUACACAAUGUAUUUCAAAAAUUCCAAAAAACUUAAUUCCAACGUUAAUAGACCAAAUAUAAGUGCAGUAAUUCGUAAUACAAGGAAAUUCUUAAAAUAUCAUAAUAUAAAUUUAUAAUAACAAUAACCCUUUCCCCACCCAUUAACUUACCCCUUCCCAACAUCGGCAUAAAUCGUGGGGAAUAAUUUAUAAAUUCUGCAUAACCACUAAGUCAAUCCUGUCAGCACUUAAUUUUCUACUAUACAACAUCACAAGUUAUUCAUAAAAAUGUCCACCUUACAGAUAACUGUUACCAUGAAAUUAGCACUGAUUUCAACAGUUUUAUUCGUGAAUAGUGCAUUAGCGACGUUCCGACUUCAGGAAGUGUUUAGUUGGAAGGCGUUGGAUUACAAUUAUCCAACCCAGGAAGAGAAACUGAGGGCUUUAGUCACAGGACGAUUUAAGCCAGCGAAUAAUCUUCCAGUCGGCAUAGAAAUUUGGAACGAAAAAUUAUUUGUUAGUGUUCCCAGAUGGAGAGAAGGAAUACCAGCAACAUUAAAUUACAUAAAUAUCGACUCGCACCUCACGACGAAAUCACCUCUUCUAACACCUUAUCCCGAUUGGGAAUCGAACGAAUUAGGCAACUGUGAGUCUGGAUUAUCGACGGUAUACAGAAUAAAAGCCGACGAAUGCGACAGACUAUGGGUACUCGAUACUGGCACCUUCGGCAUAGGUAACACCACCCAAAAUCCUUGUCCGUACGCCAUCAACGUCUUCGACCUCAGAACCAAUACGCGGUUGAGAAGAUACGAACUAAGACCGGAGGACACGAACGCGAAUACUUUCAUUGCGAAUAUUGCUGUGGACAUGGGCAACACUUGCGAUGACGCUUACGCUUAUUUGAGCGACGAAUUGGGUUACGGUUUGAUUGUGUACUCCUGGCAAGAGAACAAGUCUUGGAGGUUCACACACAGCUAUUUCAUGCCGGAUCCGCUGAAGGGUGAUUUCAAUAUUGACGGAUUGAACUUCCAAUGGGGUGAGGAAGGAAUUUUCGGCAUGUCCUUGACUCCACUACAGACUAACGGGUUCAGGACGUUAUACUUUAGUCCAUUGGCUAGUCAUAGGGAGUUUGCGGUCUCUACUGCUAUUUUAAGGAAUAGUUCUAAAGUAGACGAUGGUUAUCACGAUUUUGUCGCUCUAGCCGAGAGGGGACCAAACGGUCACACCACUUCACGAGUUAUGGAUGAAGACGGUAUUCAGUUCUUCAAUUUAAUAGACCAAAACGGAGUUGGAUGUUGGAAUUCUAUGAAACCCUAUUCACAAGAGAAUGUACAACUAGUAGAUAAAGAUGAUGUUGAAUUGAUAUUUCCUGCAGAUGUUAAAGUUGAUAGGAACAAAAAUGUUUGGGUAAUUUCGGAUAGAAUGUCUAACUUUUUAAUAUCGAGUUUGGAUUACAGUGAAGAUAAUUUUAGAAUUUUCUUUGCGCCGAUUAGUGUGUUAAUCAAAGGAACCGUCUGUGAAUUCCCCCCUUACACACAAGGAACUAUUGUUAACAGUCACUUUUGGAAUUAUUUGUGA